UAUUUCAUUACUAAUUUUUUUUAUUUUGAAAUAUAUUUAAAGGGAAAAAACUACAGCAUGAAGUGAUACGUGUUAUUCCUAAUGUCUGUUUAGUAUUAUGUUAUUAAUGAUUGCAUUCACAUUAAUUUUCGUGCGUUUCUUAGCUUGUACUUCGUAGUAAAUAAGUUAAAAAUAGUUUUCAAAAAAAAAAAAAAAAAAGUUAAAAAAAAAAGGGAAAAGGAAAAAAAAAUUGUUGAUAUUCAGCACAACUGAAUGAACAAAAUCGUAACCCCCAUGAAAGCAAACACACGGCUGCAACUCUGCAAGUAUUAUUCAUUACGGCAGCACCACCUUCCUCCGUCAUCCCGUCAGAACAUCGCCUCCACCGCCACCGCCACCGCAACCUCCACUGCCACCACCAUCUUUCUUUUCCCUCCUUUCCUUCAACUUUGAAAAGGGAGCUUUAAUUUUUCAUCACAAUUUUUAAUUAUGAACCCCAAUUUCCCACCAAAUUAUGCUCAACCCCCAAUUUCAUUGCCCAACCAAACAAUCCCAAAUGAAUCAAAUUCAGCUUCUACCCUCUUAAUUCGUCAUCUUCCUGAAGCUAUUCCCUUUGAUACUCUUUCCCGCCUUUUCUCUCAUUACGGCGCUCUUGCUGCUCGCCCUUGUACUUCUGCAAGGUUAAAAAACUGUGCGUUUGUGGACUUCGGGGAUGAAAUUGCUGCCUCACAUGCACAACGCCAACUUAAUGGGUUGCGAUUUCUUGGUAAAGUCUUGUCUGUGGAGAAGUCUAGUAAGCCUUCAGAGGACAAUAAGCAGGUUGGAGGUGAAUCUGAUAACAAUACACUGAAACCCUUAUAUCAGGAGAACACACAGAGUAGAGAUGUGCAAGAAGGCUCAAAGUCAGCCAGCCAGCUUGUCGCUGAGCCAAUUGCUGAAAAGCUUGGCAUCAAUUAUCCAUUUCCUCCUCAUUUAGAGUAUGCUUAUCCUCCUCCAGAUGGAAAUAUACUGACCAAUAUUCUUAAUGCUCUUAUUGCUGUUCCUCCCUUUUAUACUCAGGUGUUGCACUUGAUGAACAAAAUGAACAUUCCCGCCCCAUUCCGUAUUGCACUGCCCACUCCCCCUUUACCAUCUACACCAGCCCCACCUCCACCACCGUUGCCUUCAGUAACUGAAAAGCCUCACCAAGGAAAUUUGUCUAGUGAUGAGUCAGAAAUGGAAACUUCUGAUGAGGAGGCUGAUAAUGAUGCAGAAGCUCCAAGAAAAAGGGUCAAGCGUGAAGUUAUUGUUGGCCCUGGCAUAGAUAAAGAUGUAUCUCAUGAAGCUGUUGGACUUAAACCCGCCACUUUGGUUCCGAAGGAAAUUCCAAUGAUAAAGAAGAAAAACUCUGUAUUACAGAUCAAAAUAGUCCCGAAAAAGGUCCAGCAUGAGGUUCUUAAUGAUAAUACAGUCAAAGAGUCUGAAAAACUGGAGUCUACAGAUAUGCCAUAUGCAACCAUUGACCAAAUAGAAAGCCAGAAAUUACCCCCUGAGGAGAUACUAUCUCUCCCAAUGUUCAAGAAUUAUGCUGCUGGAAAUCCUGCCUCAGUGCUGUACAUAAAGAACUUGGCGAAAGAUGUGGUUCUGGAUGAUUUUUAUUUAAUUUUUGGGUCAUUGUUUGGAAGCGUUGAUGCUGCUAAAGCUGGUCUUAGUGUGAAAUUAAUGCAGGAAGGAAGAAUGAGGGGGCAAGCAUUUGUGACGUUUCCAUCAGUUGAGUUAGCACACCGUGCUCUGAAUUUAGUAAAUGGCUAUGUCUUCAAGGGCAAGGCAAUGAUUAUCCAGUUUGGCAGAAAUCCAGCAGCAAGCAAAACAAGCUGAAUGUAUUGCAUCUUGGAAUUGGAAGCUUUCUGUACGAUUGGCAAUUUUGGUUACAUUGCACGCAUGAUAACAUAAGCUCAUCUACAUUGGCCAUGGCCCAUGGGACUGGUACUUGAUGAAUGUCUGGCCAUGGGAAACCCUCCUAGUCCUCGAGACCGUUGAAAGAAUUAUGGCAACCAUCAUGAAAAUUGGCUCAUAUCAUCCAAGGCAUUUGAAUUCUGCUCGCAAAAUACGAUGAAUAGGACAUACAAGACAUUUUCAUAAAAACAAGUGUACAACUGAUUGGUAGCUAGCAUUGGUCCUUGAGUGACUUAUCAUAUGUAUAUAGAUUAUUGUAACAUCCACCGCUCCACCAUAUUCUUAAAGAUCAUUAGGUUUCCUCUUGUGAGGAGGGCUUCUUAAUGUCAGUUAAACUUACCUUCCGUUGUAUAAUACGUGUUCUCUUCGGUUUCUUGUAGUCAAAAAAGCACAACCACCGGUGCAAUCCUUCAUUGACAUGCUUC